AUGACCAGGGGUGCUUGGAUGUGCAGUCGGCAGUAUGAUGACGGCUUAAAAAUCUGGUUCGCACCCCGGGAGAACGAGAAACCCUUCACGGAUUCAGAGAGGGCUCAGAAAUGGCGACUGUCCCUGGCAUCGCUCUUGUUUUUCACAGUCCUGCUCUCUGAUCACUUGUGGUUCUGCGCCGAGGCCAAAUUCACGGGGACCGGAGAGAAGGAGCAGCCGCCGCCCGAGAAGCCGGAGCCCGCGGAGCCGGAGCUGCUGGCGGGCAUGGGGGACCCGGCGCCCCCCGCGCCCCGGCUCCUCGCCCCCCCCUCGCCCUCCCUCCCGCCCUCCCCCGGCAGCAGCGACGGCGGCAGCCGCGGCGGCCGCACCAACGGCACCGAGCCCCGGCCCGGCAAGGCUGCUUUCCUGGGGAACUCCACCGCCAGGCCCCUGGAGACGUGCCCCCCCCCGGGCUCCUCGUCCGGGCAGUGCUUCAGCGUGGGGGACGCGGAGGCGGUGUGCCGGAGGCGGGGGGGGCCGGGGCGGCCGCGGGGCGCGGGGCAGAGCCCGGCUCCCGGCUGGGACCUGACGGAUUUUUACCUUUCCUUUUGUAAUUCCUACACACUUUGGGAGUUGUUCGCCGGGUUGUCCAAUCCGGACACUUUGAACUGCAGUCUGGAUGUGGUGCUGAGGGGGGAAGGCUCCUGCAGCCAGUGCGUCCAGGCUUACCAGCGCUACGACCAGCACGCUCAGGAGAAAUACGAAGAGUUUGAGGUUAUGCUCCAGAAAUAUUUACAGUCGGAUGAGUACUCGGUGAAAUCGUGUCCUGAGGAUUGUAAGACUGUCUACAAAGCCUGGCUCUGUUCCCAGUAUUUUGAAGUCACACAGUUUCACUGCAGCAACAGAAUUCCUUGCAAGCAAUACUGUUUGGAGGUUCAGACGAGGUGUCCCUUUAUAUUACCAGACAAUGAUGAUGUCAUCUAUGGAGGACUAUCAAGUUUCAUCUGUACAGGGCUCUAUGAAAACUAUCCAACCAAUGCAGAACCAGAAUGCUGUGAUGUCAGAUGGGGACUUUUAUCAGAUCAUCAAUCCAAAGGGACUAAAAAAACAAGUGGCUCAACAAUGUGUCACAGGACAUCGCUCACAGUUUCAUCAGCAUCAAGACUGUGUAACAGCAGACUUAAACUGUGUGUUCUUGUAUUAAUUCUCUUACAUACAGUACUUACAGUCUCAGCAGCACAGAACUCAACAGGACUGGGCUUUGGAAGCAUAACAACUUUGGAAGAUAAUUCAGCCAAUGAGGAAUAA